CCUGUCAAGGGUUACGGCCAUCUUUACUGAGGGCGGAGGCACUUCCGGGGCAUUUUUGGAAAGGGUGGAGGCGCUUCCCUGAUGGCCAAGCUUUGGAGGUCUCCUUCUGGCAGAUACUACCACGUGACCCGUCCCGUCGCGUCCGGGGCUUUGUGUGUGCGCGCGCACACAACUUGGGCGCAAUGAUCUCACCCGUGCGCGUGUGCGCGCGACGCACAUUCGCUUGGCCAGUCUUCCGCCGCUUGGUGUGCUCACGGUUGCGGCGUGAUGUCAGCCGGUGCGCUGGCGGCGGUUCGUCUCGCCCGGACUCACGCACGGAAACGCGCACUCACUCGGGGAUCCGGACGGCUGUUUACCCGCGCCACCCCUCGGCGAGCGGCGCUGCCCACGCCGGUUCUUUCCCGCCCCCGGGACCCGGCCCCUGCCCCGCCCCGUAUUUGUGCGGCGCCGGCUGGCCCGGCAGACUCCGGCGCAGAGGCUGGGCGUGUAGGCGCAGCACCUCCAGAGGUCGAGCUGGGCUGAGAGUACACGCCGGCGUAGGCCGGCGGGGAGCAGCUGGGGCUAUGCUGGGCAAGGAUUACAUGCUGGCCAUCAUUCUGGUCAAUUGCGAUGAUGAUUUGUGGGGGGACCAGAGUCUGGAGGGAGAACCAGGCCUGCCCCCUGGCUGGAGGAAGAUCCACGAUGCUGCAGGUACUUACUAUUGGCACGUACCCAGCGGUAGCACCCAGUGGCAGCGCCCAACCUGGGAGCCAGGAGAUGCGGAAGAUCCAGGCACGAGGACGGAGGGAAUUUGGGGACUUCGGCCCCCCAAGGGGAGAUCCUUCUCCAGCCUGGAGAGCUCACUGGACCAGAGUAACUCUCUCUCCUGGUAUGGUGAGGAAUCCUACAUCCAGAGUGUGGAGCCAGGGGCUAAGUGCUUUGCAGUCCGCUCUCUGGGCUGGGUAGAGGUACCCGAAGAGGACCUGGUACCAGGGAAGAGCAGUAUCGCAGUCAAUAAUUGCAUUCAGCAGCUGGCCCAGACCCGCAGCCAGAGCCAGUCCCCAGAUGGUGCCUGGGGUGAGGGUCAGAAUAUGCUGAUGAUCUUGAAGAAGGAUGCCAUGAGCCUAGUGAAUCCCCUGGACCACAGUCUGAUCCACUGCCAGCCUCUGGUGCACAUCCGUGUAUGGGGUGUGGGCAGCUCCAAGGGCCGGGACUUCGCUUUUGUGGCGGGUGACAAAGACAGCUGUAUGCUCAAGUGCCAUGUGUUCCGCUGUGACGUCCCUGCCAAGGCCGUUGCCAGUGCCCUGCAUGGGCUCUGUGCCCAGAUCUUGUCAGAGCGAGUAGGGGUCAGUAGUGAUUCCCCUUGCUGCUCCCUAGACCCCAUCUCUCCUGAAGACCUGCCACGGCAAGUGGAGCUGCUGGAUGCUGUGAGCCAGGCUGCUCAGAAGUAUGAGGCACUGUACAUGGGGACCCUGCCAGUCACCAAAGCCAUGGGCAUGGAUGUGCUGAACGAGGCCAUUGGUACCCUCACCACGCGGGGGGACCGGGAUGCCUGGGUCCCUGCCAUGCUCAGUGUGUCUGACUCUCUCAUGACUGCACAUCCCAUUCAGGCAGAAGCUGGUGCAGAGGAGGAGCCACUGUGGCAGUGCCUGGUGCGACUUGUGACCUUUAUUGGUGUUGGCCGUGACCCACACACCUUUGGCCUCAUUGCCGACCUGGGCCGUCAGAGCUUCCAGUGCGCGGCUUUCUGGUGCCAGCCCCAUGCAGGGGGACUCUCCGAAGCUGUGCAGGCUGCUUGCAUGGCAAUAAGGAUCGCGGCUGGAACGACCCGCCCCAGUUCUCCUACGGGCUGCAGACCCAGGCUGGUGGACCCAAGCGCACGUCGCUCACCAAAAGGGUCGCUGCCCCCCAGGAUGGAUCCCCUAGAGAAGCAGGUAUGUGAUGACAUCAGCCGACGCCUGGCUCUGCUGCAGGAACAGUGGGCUGGAGGGAAGCUGUCAACGCCUGUAAAGAAGAGGAUGGCUCUGCUGGUGCAAGAGCUUUCAAGCCACCGUUGGGAUGCAGCGGAUGACAUCCACCGCUCACUCAUGGUUGACCAUGUGACUGAGGUCAGUCAGUGGAUGGUGGGAGUUAAAAGAUUAAUUGCGGAAAAGAGGAGCCUGUCUUCAGAGGAGACCAGUGAAGAGAAAUCUACAGCCACAGCUGAGGAGCACCAGACCGUACCAGGCAUCCACAGGCUCCAUAAUCCUGUGGGUUCCCCAGACUCACCUCAAACCAUCUCCUAGGCCUUCUCUCCUAGGCCUGGGAGGCCUUCUCUAAUUUGGCUCCCUCUUACCACUUUGGAGACUGUCUGCCCCAUUGGGGUCCUUGGCUUGACCCACUUCUGGGGGAAGAGGUCCCACGUGGGCCAUAGGGAGGUCACUUGUUACCCAGAACGUAUGCAUUUUAAUAAAAAUAUCUCAAUGGUGGGCCCUGGGUAGGAGAAGUGGGCCCUUCAUAUGCCA